GUCUGGUUUCAUGUUGUCUGGUCUCAUGUUGUCUGGUUUAGUGUUGUCUGGUUUAGUGUUGUCUGGUUUAGUGUUGUCUGGUCUCGUGUUGUCUGAUUUAGGUUUGUCUGAUUACAUCUCCUGGGUACGUGUUGUCUGAUUUAAUGUCCGGGUUAGUGUUGUCUGAUUUAAUAUCUGAUUUAAUGUCCGGGUUAGUGUUGUCUCUUUAGUGUCUGGUUUAAUAAUGUCACAUACCUUGUUUUGUCUGGCUGUGGUUUCUCGUGGGUUGAGUUCGAUGAGCAUGUUUUUAUUGACAGUGUUGUUGUGUAUCUCAGAGGUGACGGUGGUAUACCAGAAUGGACUGCCGGUGAUCUCAGUCAGUUUGCCGUCCCGGCGCGAGCGAUGCCAGUUCACUCUGAAGCCACUCAGUGACUGUGUUGGGGUGUUCCUCACACAGCUGCAGACAGAGGACAGGGGCAUCGACCGAGUAGCCAUCUACUCUACAGAUGGGGCGAGGGUAGCCUCUUCCACAGGGAUAGACAUCCUCCUGUUGGAUGACUUCAACCUGGUCAUCAACAACGUCAGGCACCUGGUUCGGCCGCCCCGGAGAGAUCUGCUGGCCCAGGAGGAGGCAGAGCGUCUGAACGACGUUAAGUUCCUGGUUCAGCAGCUCUACACCACCCUGCGUAUAGAAGAGCAUCAGCUUAGUAAAGAGAAGGAACUGGUGGUGAGACUGGAGGACCUCAACUCACAGCUACGUCCUCUGGAGAAGGUGAGGGAGGAGCUGAGUCGUAAGGCCGAGCGUCGUACCACCUGGGUGCUGUGGGGGGGCGUGGCCUACAUGGCAACACAGUUUGGGAUCCUGGCGCGUCUCACCUGGUGGGAGUACUCCUGGGACAUCAUGGAGCCUGUCACCUACUUCAUUACCUACGCUACCGCCAUGGCUAUGUACUCCUACUACGUACUCACACGCCAGGAGUACAUCUACCCAGACGCCAGGGACAGACAGUACCUGCUGUUCUUCCACAAGGUGAAGAGACAACGCUUUGACAUCCACAAGUACAACCUGCUGAAGGACUCUAUCGCUGAGGUGGAGUUAGAUCUGAAACGUCAGGAUCCCCUCCAGCUCCAACUUCCUGUCCAGCAACUCACCGCCGCCAGCAAAGAUUGAUAUCCUCCCUUCCCUUAGUCCCUCCAUCCCUCAUUUCCUCACCUUCCCCUCUCUCUCGCCGUCCAUCCACCCUCCACCUUUACUUUCUCUC